AUGUGGAAGGGAUUGACUACCCGGGUGGUUCCUCUUUGGAAUGCUGUUCGUCCUCGACGAUCCAUCUUCUGUCGCACUCAAAUUCUAUAUAAUUCUCCAGAUGAUUCUACUACGUCUCUAACAUCGGUUUCAACAGCUAUACCUGACGCAGAACUGGCGUCUUCUAUACACAGUCCGCCAGUAGUGCGGAGACCAGGGGAAAUCAUCGAUGUAUCUACGCUAAUUAAAGACCACUGGUCGUACCCAGCUGUCGGAUUCAAUAGCAUUCUAGAGCUGCCUCUCUACGUUUUCGAAGGUGAACAAAGUUUGCCAGAACCACGCAGAUUCAUUCAAGUUCCGAAUGAUAUCUUUGGACUACCAAUACGACCGGACAUUUUACACCGGUGCUACACUUUUUAUCGGAGAGCCAAGGCUGGGUAUAGCGAGGACAUGCAGCUUUACAAAUGGGAAUGGCCGGGAAGCACACGGAAAUGGCGCAAACAGCAAAAGACGGGCAAGGCACGCAUAGGAUGGAAAAAGUCACCAGGGAAAUAUUUGGGUGUGUUCGCACACCCAGUAAGACCAGGAGAUCAAAGAACUAACCUACAACGGAGAGUCCUGUGGAUCGGGCUAAAGACCAUGCUCUCCGCAAAGUUCGCACAAUCGCAAAUAAAUUUGGUGGAUUCGUUCCUCAUGAAGUCUCACAAGACUAAAUAUGCGGUCACUAGCCUCAGAAGGAUCUUAGGCAAUAACUGCAAUUCAGCUCUUCUCGUUUUUUGCGGGAAUUCGGAUUCGAAUGAAAAUUUCCGGUGGGCUACAGCCAACAUACCGGCAGUCAGAAUAGAGACGGUGGAGGGAGUGAAUGUGUACAAUCUGCUCAAGUAUAGACAAUUAGUCAUAACUGAGAUGGCGCUAGAAAAGCUUAUUCACUUAAUUGAGGAUUAUCCUCGCAAAAUGGAUUGGUUGCCAAAGUAUGCAACACCGAACAACGCACCUGCACCAGUGCCGAAGAAGGUGGAAGGAUGGAACAAAGUGUGGAUAGAAAACAAAAUCGCAAAAAAACUUGCCUCGCAGUCAAGGGAACAAUGGAUGGAGGAUGUAAAGAAAUGGAAAUGGUCAUCUGACACCAAAGGACCAUUGAAAGUACCUAGACAUGACCCGUUGGAGGCAUUUAGAUUGACGCAUAUAUCUAACGACACUACGCAAGAUGCAAAGAUUCGAUUUCGUUAUCUUUAUGAUUCCCUCCAUGAUCCGAUGGAGACUCUUAACGUCGACCCCGACAUUGGCAGCGUGCUUUUGAACACCCCGGCGCCCGCAGCAGGAGUGCUGCCAAAUAUGCGCGGAGCUGCCGAAAUAUAUGGCAGGGAACUGGUAGCAGAUGUGGAAUGCACUCUUGAAGAAGGAGAAAAACUUGCCGUAUUCACAUGGGUCGGAUGUACCGUGCAGGUGAAAGGAAGUGUUGAACAGGAAUAUGAAGGAGAGGACCAUUCCAUGAAGGAAUAUCUAAAUGUUGUGCAUGUACUCAACGCAGAGCGCGAGUUGGCAUCUGUUAAAAGGACCCAAGGUCCAAGGGUCCUGAUCACUGGAGCACCAUCAAGCGGGAAAUCAACUGUCGCUAUGCUUAUUUGUAAUUAUGCCGUACGUAGCGGGUGGACACCGGUUUUUGUUGAGGCUGACCCUAGGGCAUCUGCCGACAAAAGGCAGAUACAGUUUUACCCGGGGACCCUUGGAGCAACUGUAGUCAGCGGGGCCGUUGACGAACCUUCGAAGAACCCACUCGUUUAUUUCUACGGCUACAACAACGCACAAGAGAACGAAAAACUCUACUCUCAAGUAUCGCAAGCCAUGGCUGCUGCAAUAGACACCAUGAUGGAGCACUCCUCGAUUCAGCAGCCGCACAGUAGACGAUCAGAUGAAGUCGGUGAUAUGGGAAGGUACAUAUCAGCGUCAGGGAUGGUAAUCAAUGCGCCACACUCCGCCAACCGCGACCUCAUAGUUAAACUUGCGGAAACAUACGGAAUCACACACGUCCUCGUUAUAGAUAGCCCUUCAGUCCACCAAGAUUUGGUACGCACAUUUGCGAACCUACGAGAACGUGGAAGGUCCGGCACGCAAGCCGCCGUUAUGGGUGGAGACUUUGUAGCUACAAAUGUCUUGGCUAACCUCGCGUUCCAGGACAUACCGGAAUCGCAGAAACAACUGCAAGAGGACGUGGAUAUAGUACAAUCGGAUAUUGAACAGGGAUCAUCUGGCUCUAAAGAAACUCCGCCAAAGGAAGUGCUUGUGUUGGCCGUCAACAAGCUUGAGGGAGUGGUCCCGGUCGACCUCGGUAGGAUCAAGUAUCUCAAUGACAAAUGCUGGAAGCGUUAUUUCGAUCGUACAAGCUCUGGAGAAAUGCAUGUAAUUCGUUUUCCCAUGGAGACUGUGAAACUGGUGGUCUUAGAAACCUGCGUCGCACUCUCUAAUGACGCCCUCCCUCAUGAUGAACUCGGACACGCCCAACUAGCCGAAAUGUACACUGCACCGUGGAACGGAGACCCAUUAUCGCUCACCAAUGCUGUGCUUGGCGUUCCUGCAACAGAAGAUUCCAGGCUCAUACCGUACUGCAAUAUACUUGGGUUCUUCUUGGUACGCUCCGUAGAGGACACUACAACGCAACCAGAGGAAGGAUCAGAUGAGCCGGAGUCUCCGCCAACAUAUGCUAUCGAAGCUUUGUGCCCAGCGGUCUAUUCUCCAUCGUCACUCCCGGCAUACCUCCUGGUGGCAGGAGGCACGCGAAGCAUGCGAUGGCAAACUGUAUGA